CAACCGAGUCGACAAGAAAACCUGCUCCAUCCCAAUCCAACCCUUCCGCCGCAACUCCACCUUUCUUCCUCCUCUCAGUCGUCGUCCUCGUUGUUGCCACCCCGCUGGCGCGGAGCGAGGACCCAUCCGGACUCGGAUUGAAUCCUUCAUUUGUUGGUCCGCCGCUGCGCACGCAUGAUGUUUCCCUGUCAAGGAGUGGCUACGGCGAAUGCUCGUCCAUUUGGUAUUCCUGCCGUGAGCCGCUACGGUUCUCCCGCGAGGCCGUCUUCUCGUGCGAAGCCGGCGUUUCUGAGCCUGCGGGGUCCUGCAUUUCGUCAUGAGAAUAAAUCCUUCGCUUCGAGAGCUGGUGCAGAUUUUCACUGUCAUGCUAUAUCUUCGUCCUUUGCAAAAUAUGAUCCUAUUAAGGGCAUCAAGCCAUUGCUGUCAGCCCGCAGAUUGUGCCCAAGAACUCAAGUUUGUUGUCAAGCAUCUUUAUCGUCAUUCAGCUACCCUGAGUUGUCUUCCAAACCUAGAUGGUGGUGGAGGACCCUAGCAUGCGUACCCUAUCUUCUGCCACUGCACAACAUGUGGUCACAUGCAGACGCCAUCUACCAUCUUCAUCCAUACUUGCAAAGGUUUGGGCUGCUUUAUGCCUUCAUUGAUACGAUGGCUCUACUCCCUGGGUGGCUUUUCCUGGUGAUCUUCAUGACUAUAUACUUCUUUGUUGUGAGGCAGAAGUGGUCGCCACACUUCUUGCGGUUUCACAUCAUAUUGGCUAUUCUGCUUGAUACGGGCUCACAAGCUCUGGCCACCGCAUGCAACUGGAAUCCAAGCAUUGUUUUUCAGGGUAAACCAAUGGCGUAUUUCUGGAUGACAAUGGCCUUCAUUCAGAUCUUCACGGUUCUUGAGUGCAUGAGGUGUGCACUUUCAGGGGUUUAUCCUAACGUUCCAUUUAUAUCCCACGCAGCGUUCAUCCAUUCAGAUCUUAACCUGUUCAGGUAGUUGAUCAAUGCAAAAUUCAUUUUUUGGAAUAUAAGAGGAACUGAAGCUGUCUGAUAAGUAGGAGGUUUGGACCUGCCGAGACAGUAAAUUUUUGGGAACUUGCAUUCUGGAAUACAAGAGCUAGGAAAUUAGUGCU